GCGAGUGAAAUCACCUCCAUCCGGCUCUCGAGUUUAUGUCUAGGUUUACCGAUACCAUCACUAGCCCUCGUGUCCUGUCCUGUGCAGCAUGUCUGUAACAGACAUAGGGCGUGCAUCGCCCAAAUCAGACAAAAUAUCCAGGUCCGCGGAUUCUCAUGUCAAGGAUGCAGGUCAAGAACGCGUAAAGUCGAAGAAGAGGAAGCAUAGAGAAGCUACUAGUGAUGCGUUGCUCAUGGCCACCCCAAAAGAUCAAGCGACUUCUACGACACGAGACUCUCAGAGCAUGAGUCAUCCCUUAUCUCCUUCAAGUACACCCUCCGCAGGAAAUGUUGCAUCCCAAAACGACCAAUUAGCAAACUUAACUACAAGUGAUACGGAGCGGAAAAAGAAGAGUAAGAGUUACUCAGGGGACGUGGCGCAUGAGCAGUUGAAAGACAGAAGUGACGAGCGUAAGAAGGAGAAGAAGAAAAAGAAACUUAAGCACUCAGACGAAGGCAAACAUGCUGAGGGCGCCGCACUUGAUGAACAGGUCGCACAUUUGAACGACACCAAGGUCCAAACACCAGAAGAGGCUGCUUCAGAUAAACCACAACAGAAGAAGAAGAAGAGAAAGGCGGAGGAACAUUUGGAGGAAACGCCUGAUAGCAAACCGUUCAAAAGAAAGAAAGACCAUCGUCCAUCAGAUUUUCCCUCCACAGAUCCUAGUGUAGAUGAGUCUCUGUCCAAUCAAAGUCGGAAAGCGUUGUCGUAUGCAUAUGCACGAUUUGAGGAUCCACCCAACUGGAAGUUCAAUAAAGCCAAGCAGAUAUGGCUAAUUAAAAGAUUGUGGUCGGAAGAAAUGAUACCCGAGAAGUAUUUUUCCCUAGUGACCAAAUAUCUCGCAGAUGUGAAGGGGGGAAUUCGAGACAACCUCAUACAGAUGUGCAAUUCUGUAGUGGCCUCAGAGACACCGGAUCCUGUGACUUCAGAGUCAGCUGUAUUACCUACUGAUCUUUCGGAUGGAGGGUCCACUGUCACAACCAAAGUGAUGAGAGCUCGUAGCUUACUGGGUGCUCUGUCAGAUGUACAGUGAGAUCAACUCACACGUUACGUGGUGCAGCUAUUUGAACCAUCAGUCCAAGGAUUGCGGGCUUCAUGUUACCCUGAGCAGACAGGCACA